AUGGGUGAUGAUUGGGACUUUUAUAUCUAUCCAUCUAAAGGGCUAUCAGGUGGAAUUAUGAUUCUUUGGAGAGCUGAUGUAGCUUGUUUCUCAGUUUUGAAGGAAGACGAUCAAUGUAUUAUUGGAGAUCUCAAUAUCUUCGAUAAGGGGGAAUGGAUGAUUGCUACCGUAUAUGGCAAUAAAGAUGUUAUGAAGAGGAGAGAACUAUGGAGUAAUCUGGAUGAGAUGUCCAAUAGAAAGCUUCCUUUCAUUGUUGGGGGAGAUUUUAAUUGCAUCUUGUCACAAGAUGAUAAGAGGGGUGGAAGAAAAUUUGCUUUUUCUCAAGGCCCUAAAGAAAUGGCUGAUUUCUUAAAUAUGAAUGACCUUCAUGAUGUGGGAUUUGUUGGUCAAAAAUACACUUGGUGCAAUAACAAAUCAGGAGGGGAUCACAUACUCGAGAGGUUGGAUAGAUGUUUCCUAAACUAUAUUGCCAUCAACAUGAUAAAUAAUGCAGUAGUGAGACAUCUUGCAAGGGUAGUGUCCGACCAUUGCCCUAUUGUAUUGAAGAUCCUUGAUAAUCCAUUUCAAAAGUUUGGGAUUAUCAAAUUCGAAGAUGUGUGA